CCCUCUCCCGCCACAAUUUAUUAGUAAGGGCGGGCGUCGAAGUCACCUCUCUGCUAUAUCCCCAGACAUGGCCGACGAAGAAUCUCAAGAGCUAAGCGAGAAGCAGAAGAAAGAGAUCGCCAAAUGGUUCCUCGUAAACUCUCCCGCCGGAGAGAUCCAAUACGUCGCCAAAGAUAUUAGAUCCAUUUUAAAGGACGAAAAUGUCUAUAAAAUGGCUGUUUCGGAAGCAUUUCCUCUUUAUAACAAAGCACAUUUGAUAUCCCUUGAAAUGUCUAACAGAAGCGGAGAGGUGCUUGUUACAUCAUUUGGUGAACUCAGUGAUAAUGAAUAUCUUGAUCCUAGAACUGCCCAAGUUGCCAUGGUCGACCACAUCAAACAAACUUGUAUAAAUGUAAGACAUGCUACUGAUGAGGAGCUCCCAUCCGUCUAUAUUGAAGAGUUUCGAUGUGCUCUGGAUGCAGAAGUCAUCAAAUAUGUUGGUGAAUUGUAUCCAAAAGGUGUCUGCUCAGUUUACUGUGUUAAUGGAAAAGAUGUGGAAGGACCAGGAUCAAAUUUUGAACUCACAGUGGUUAUUUCUGCUGCAAGAAACAGCCCCCAAAAUUUUUGCAAUGGAAAUUGGCGCUCAAUCUGGAAUAUUGGAUUUAAGGAUGAUGUGCAAAUGAUAGAAGUAAGAGGUAAAAUACAGGUGGGGGCCCACUAUUUUGAAGAAGGGAAUGUUCAACUGGACACUGAACAUGAAUGCAUGGAUUCAACUAUUUUUCAGCUCCCUGAAGAUUGUGCAAUUGCUGUAGCAAACAUUAUUCGCCACCAUGAAACUGAGUAUAUGGCAUCUCUUGAGGUGUCCUAUGCAAAAUUGCCGGAUACAACUUUCAAGGACCUUCGGAGGAAGCUUCCUGUCACUCGUACCCUGUUUCCAUGGCAUAACACUUUGCAAAUUAGUGUCACCAGAGAUAUUACAAAAGAACUUGGAAUUGGGAAGUGAAAAAUACUAGGGAAACGCAGUGGUUGGGGAAGUAAGGUUCAGUGCAGAGGGCUUACAUGUGGUUUGUUGGAAAUGUUGAA